UUGACAGCAGUUACCCAGUCCUGUCCCUUCCUCUGCUGCUGCCUCUGCCCUGAACUGAGCUCUCAACCCUCAACGCCAGCAGGAUGUUAAACCACUUCUCCCUCACGAAGGCGCUUCUCGCUCUUGGGUCCCUGGCAUCCUGGGUAACUGCAGGAGAGCACGACUUAAGUGGUGGAUGUCCUGCUGACCCUCUUCCAUGCGAGGAGCUGUGUGACGGGGACACAUCUUGUCCCCAGGGACACAAGUGCUGCAGCACUGGCUGUGGCCAUGCCUGCCGAGGAGACAUCCAGGGAGGGCGGGAUGGCCAUUGUCCCAGAAUCCUGGUGGGCCUGUGUAUUGUCAACUGCAUGGUGGAUGAGAACUGUCAACCUGGGGAAAAGUGCUGCAAGUCAGGCUGUGGCCGCUUCUGCAUCCCCCGGCUCCAGUCACUCAAACCGCUCACAGACUCCAACGGGACCGAUGGGGCUAAUCCUAAAUUAGAGGCUGGAGCAUCCUAGCUGUCCUGACUGUCUGGGGCUCCAGAAAUCUUCUGGAAGCCAAGAGGGGUGACGUCCUGGGGCUUGUGACAUUCCCGCCAUUAUCAGCCCUUCUCUUCUUUGCUUUUACUGCUGCCUGGAUCACAUGGAAGAGCCCUGGGGACAGACACUUCUCUUUCCCAAUAAAGUGCUGGCAUGGA